UCUGGCUCUACUCUUGCGGACUUUGUGCGUUUUUGCGGUCUAUUUUCUUUCGGACCUUUUAAGGAAGUGGGUAUUUUAUGACUUUUUAGGCUAACUUUUCUUGUGGAUUUAAUGUGAUUUUUUACGGAUUUAAUUCCUACUUGUUAAAGGAUUCGUUCAAAUAUUAAGAAUUGUUUAAAAAAUCGAAUAUCUUAUUUUAAUAUAAGAAGUCCGCAAAACCCUAUCUCCCCUCUUAAAAUGUCCGCAAAAAACCAUUUCUUCCCUCCCUUCCACUCUUUACUACAUAUCAUCAAAAUUAAAGUUAUUUAAAAAUUUCUUCAUUUUUUUAGCUAGCGCCAAUCUCCGUACAGGCUCUACAUUAGCAGAUUUUUAUAAAGAUUUGGAGCAAUAUACUCCAGCAAUUCCUGACGCUGUAGCUCUUUAUUAUAUGAAAAAGACCCGCGUGUUGUUCGCCUUUUUUCGUUGGCAACUCAAAAAUUUAUUUCGGAUAUUUGUUUGGAUGCUAUGCAACAGGCUAGAAUUAAAGGCCUUGGACAGGUCCGCAAAGGAACUCGUGGUGCCAAAUAUUGCCUUACGACCGAAUUGUUAUUACCUAUUUUGGAGGAAUAUGGAAUUAAAGUGGACAAACCACCUUAUUAUUCUUAA